GGUUGGUCAAGAGGAGUUACUUGCCAGCCGUCGGCCGUCAUGUCUAUGUUGCCCUCGUUCGGCUUCACGCAGGAGCAGGUUGCGUGCGUGUGCGAGGUGCUGCAGCAGGGUGGUAACCUCGAGCGUCUGGGUCGCUUCUUGUGGUCCCUACCAGCUUGCGACCACCUUCACAAAAAUGAAAGUGUGCUUAAAGCGAAAGCAGUGGUGGCGUUCCACCGAGGGAACUUUAGGGAGCUAUACAAAAUUCUAGAAAGCCACCAGUUCUCGCCGCACAACCAUCCAAAACUGCAGCAGCUGUGGCUGAAAGCGCACUACGUCGAGGCUGAGAAGCUGAGGGGGCGGCCACUGGGAGCUGUGGGUAAAUAUCGUGUACGGAGGAAGUUUCCCUUACCGCGCACCAUAUGGGACGGAGAGGAGACCAGCUACUGUUUCAAAGAGAAGAGCCGCGGCGUGUUGCGGGAGUGGUACACGCAUAACCCAUAUCCCUCUCCCAGGGAAAAACGAGAGCUGGCUGAGGCCACUGGGCUCACAACAACACAAGUCAGCAACUGGUUUAAAAACAGAAGACAGAGGGAUCGAGCCGCAGAGGCCAAAGAAAGAGAGAACAGCGAGAACAGCAACGCGGGCGCGAACAAACAGAACCAGCUGUCCCCGCUGGAUGGAGGCAAGUCGCUCAUGUCUAGCUCGGAAGAUGACGAGUUCUCCCCGCCGCAAAGUCCAGAGCAGAAUUCAGCUCUGUUGCUACAGGCCAAUAUGGGCCACCCCGCCUCGUCCUACAGUAUGAGCGGCCUGACCAUGCAGAGCCACCCACACCAGCACCAGCUCCACGACUCCAUACUGGGACCUCUGACCUCUAGCUUGGUGGACUUGGGCUCUUAAGCCACUCUGACUGUGAAUCUAUUUAUUUUUUUUGUUGUUGUUUUAUUUUGUACGGAUCAAUAGGGAGCUAUUCUGCCACUUUACUGUAGAUAUGAACACCGAACUGUAUAAUGUGAACAUCAGAAUCUGUAGUCUUUUUUCCUGGUAAGGCUUUACAGUAGGGUUUUACCGCAGUAGCGGGUAAAUAGCCGCAUGGACUGACAUUUGCCAAGUCGUUAAACUGGACAGAGGACAAAACUAAAAGCAGUAAAUAAACCAAUGCUCUUUAUCACACUCUCAA